GCUUGCUUACGUCGUUUUAAGUUGGCUCAAUUAUUAGCGCAUUAUUAGCCUUUAUUGUAAUGAUUCGCCCGGUUAGCUAGCUAUUUAUCUAAAUUUUAUUCACCUGGUUUAAUUUUUUCAGUAAUAGGUGUACUGUAAAGCGUGUAAACCAAUAAAUACCUUUUUUCAAGGCAUGAUAACAUUGCUAUUUUUCGAAAAGCAAAAAAAAAAACAGCUGUGAAGGUAAACCGUGUUACUAGUUAAUCACGUCCAAGCUGAGCCUGCAAAUUCCAGGAAUUGCAGAAACCAUGGGUGUUCAGGGACUCACAAGUUACAUGGAAGAAAACAGGAGGCUGUUUUUUAAGGACCUGAAGCUGAGUAACACAACACUUGUAAUUGACGGCUGCAGCUUGUACUUCAGACUCUACUUCACCUCAGGCUUGGACCAGCAGCGUGGGGGAGACUAUGACUCCUUUGCCAACCUCAUCCAGCAAUUCUUUGAGGCCCUUUCCACCUGCAACAUACGGCCCUUUGUCUUGCUGGAUGGGGGCAUCGAUUACACCAACAAGAAAUUUCCAACACUAAUACAGCGAGCCAAGAGCAAGAUCAAGGAGGCCGAUGCUCUGUCAAGGGGCUCCCACGGUUCGAUCUUGCCACUCCUCACCAGAGAGGUGUUCAAACAGGUGCUGUACAGCCUUCAUGUGCCCUUCAUCCAGUGCGUAGCUGAGGCUGAUUGGGAGAUUGCCUGCUUGGCCAAUCAGUGGAACUGCGCAGUGCUAACUAUGGACAGUGACUUCUAUGUCUUUGACUUGAAAGGUGGGUAUCUCCCCUUCGGGUUUUUCCAGUGGCAGAACAUUGGCGUGUGCCAGAAGACCUCCGAGAGGUACAUUCCAGCCUUGCAUUUCUCCAUCAACAAGUUCUGCGCCCGCUUCAACCACAUGAACAAAGAGCUGCUCCCUCUCUUCGCUGUGAUGGCUGGGAACGACUACACCAGCGCAGGGUCCAUGGAGACGUUUUUCAGCCGCGUCACCUUCCCGCAGUCGGGCCAGCCUGCGUACAGCAGGACGCAGGCCCGCAUCGACAACCUGCUCCACUGGCUGUCCCAGUUCACCGGGCCGGAGCAGGCCAUGGACGCGGUUCUGCAGGUUGUCGGGGACAGCGCCCGGGAUAUCACCCGGGCCCUGCUGUCCGCCGGGAUGCAGGAGUACAAACUGUCCCACAGCAACCUGGAGCGCUACUUCACGCACGGGGCCGCGGUGACCAACCUCCCGGAGCCUGUCAGAGCAUUGCCCGAUUGGCUCCGGGCCGGACUGUCCAGCGGUCGCUUACCCUCCUUCAUCCUCGACGUCCUGGUGCUGCAGAGGACCAUUCUCAUAGUGCAGGUGGAGAACUGCCGGCUUCCCAGCAGCCACGCCGCCUCCCUGCCGAUCCGCCAGGUUCUGUACGGGCUGCUGCUGGACGGGCACAGGAAGCCUCUCCAGGGGCGGGGCAGCAAGCAGAGAAAGGCCGCCAGCGCGAACGAGGGCAGCCCGCUAUACGGCGUGCAGGAGUUUGACAGGCAGUCUCUCGACUUGAGUGGAUCUCAUGUUCAGGCUGUUCUCCCACGUGGCCUUCAGCAGCUGCCUCUGGAGAAAAUGAAUGAGGUCCCUUUACCAGUCCGACUUCAGGUGCUCCUGGAGACUUUGGGAGUAGACGAGUCCAUUGCCACAGCCGUUCUCCCUCACCUCAGCUUACCUGUGUGCGUUACCUGCUACUGGCUAAGCAGCUGCAAGCCCAAACCUGACCUGCAGAUGGUCCAGGCCCUGCUGCUGGGCAUCGUGUAUGGAGAGCUCUGCAGACUUGGAGGCAACCAGAGAGGGCCAGCGGCUGGGUAUCCGGGCGUGGGCGCGGUCUGCGAUAGGCUGGGCAGGCUGCGGGUCAGGGCGGGUGAGAGGAAAGGCUUGGACCUGGACGUGACCCAUGCUUACAGCCAGUGGCAGUCCUGCCUGUGGAUGAGUUUCUACCUGAACCAACUGCUCUGCUGUCCACUGCCAGAGCCAGAGUGCACCUGGCUGUACAGCGGGACGUUCACGCACCGGGCAGUGAAGGAGAUAAAGGGGGGCAGUACCCCAGAGGCUCUGCUGGCAGGAGCCCCCUUUCCUACGCAGCUCUACAGUGCCAUCCAGGGGGCGGUGUGGCGCUCUGUGGGCGCUGGCUUCUUCGCCUCCUCCUCCGGUAGGAAGAGGAGGGGCAGGAGGCAGUAUAAUGUGGGCGGAGCCACACAGAGGCCCCCUCCCACCCAAGGUGUGGUCAACAGGUUUGCUCUACUUACGUUCGAUGACGAUAAUUCUGUGGAAGUGUAGGCCGCUCUCAGUGUGCAUUUUUAAUGUUGCAGUCUUAGGAGGAGACUGUUGCAAACAUAGUGGCAUUCCGCUUGUUAUUUCAGCUCAGGAAUUGCUUGCCCAUUUGCACUGUACCUAAAAAUACAUUUUAAUAGCAUAGCUGGAAAGUUUUUACAUUUUGCAAUGCAUUCAAAUGUCAUUCUUUUUAAUACUCACUUUUCAUUAUGUGCGGAUUUCUAUUUAUAGAGGUCGUAUUUUAAAGCCUUAAUUAUUGUAACUACAGUGUGCGGCAGCUAACUGCAUAGAGUGGAGAUGCCUUGGAAACCACUUGUUUGAAAACAGCUGGGCUAUUUAUACAGGUGAAUCACUGACCAAAUAUCUUUUUGAUAAUGUACAGCUAAAAAAAAAGAUAAAUAGGGUCCAAAAGGUGCUGGAGAAAUGAAUUGUGCAGUUUGUGUUUUUAUCACUUGUAUUUUUUAGACUGAAUUUGUGGUUUUCUGUUAGAGACUAGUGGACUUUGAAUUUCUGAAAGUCCCGGGCAGCUGAGCUUUGUGCAUGAAUGCUUAAACUGUACUGGCAGCACAAAUACAAUUGAGCGUAGUAAUUGCAAACAAAAACCGUCAAUUUACACGGUGACAUAUAUACUGCUGGAAUUCAAAGCCUGUCUUAUGCCACGUACCUGUGCAGUGGUCCAAGAAGCAAGAUCUUAUUUCUAGAAAAAAAAACUGAAUAAAGCUUUACUUUUGGCUUUUCUAGCCAAUGCAUGAAA